AUGGGCACCAUGGGGAGCUUCGCGCAAAGCUUGGGAGGAUCUCAAUCGUCGUCCGCGCCUCUAGAUCUCUCGAGCAUCACAGCAAUCACAGUCUCAGACUCCAGGCCAGCUAAUGUGGGCCAACGCAAGUCAACGCGCUGCUCAGCCAACACCCGUCCAAAGACAACAGCUUCCACCAAGCUCGCAAGCCCCCCCUCCCGCUCCUCUCAACCACAAGGCCUCCCCACACCUCAACAAUCUCAACCCCCGCACGAUGACAUGUUUCCUUCCGGCACACAAUUCGCCAACCGACUCGACGACUUCAGAAAUGGUGGACAAGGCAUUAGCAGUCAAUUGGGCGUUGGCGGUCAGCCCCAGACAGGAAACAUUGAAGAAUUCCCUCCUCUAGGCCGCAAUGCUGCUGCUGAUCUUCCCCUCGGGCGUUCUGGAGGCUUGAUGCAAGGUACAGGGUUUGGAAACUACGGACCUGGUUUAGGAUCAUCGCGGUCACCAGUCAGCCAAGUGCCAAAUGGCAUUUUGGGACAAGAGAAAGAAGAUCUGGGAAGCAAUGGAAUUCCCAACCAACGAAACUUCAGUGAUCCCCCGCAGCUUCAGCAACGGCAACCAGAAACCAGCGAUAGCCAAGAAGCAUCUGGUGCAUCCGCAAAUACUGAACAGCCGCCUCUUGCGCAGAUGAGCGAGCUUGACAGAUUUGGGCUGGCCGGCUUGCUGCGCAUGAUUCAUAGCGAAAGCCCUGACGUGGCGAGUCUCGCGGUUGGUCAAGAUCUCAUGACUUUAGGACUGGAUUUGAACCAGGCCGAACCCCUGCACACCUCUUUUGCUUCUCCGUUUGUUUCGGCAAUGUCGGCCGUGCCUCUGGAACAAGAUUUCUCCCUCCCGGCUUGCUACAAUGUUGCCAACAUUCAGCCCUUACAGUCUCGAAUCCCUGGGUUCAGUGAUGAGACGCUCUUUUACAUCUUCUACAGCAUGCCUCGUGACAUCAUGCAAGAGCUUGUGGCUGAGGAAUUGAUGGGACGCAAAUGGCGUUACCAUAAACUCGAGCGUUGCUGGUUGACUCGCGAUGAGACAUACCCCGGACCUGUUGAUGUGGAGCGUGGUGUCACAGAACGCGGCGUGUAUCUCCUCUGGGACCCUGUUUCCUGGAAAAAGAUCCGACGCGAAUUUAUUCUUCGAUAUGAGGACCUGGAUAACCGUCUUGACCCCAACCGAAGUGCUGCCCGACCAGUUGGUGUGCCGCACCCUGCUUCAUGA